AUGGCGGUUACUGCAGACUCUAAGGUCAAAAAGAAGCGCAGUAAGGUCACCAGAGCCUGCAAUAACUGUAGGCGGCGUAAAAUCAAGUGUACUGGCGGCAACCCCUGUCUCAACUGUCAGACCUAUCAAUGCAAAUGCACGUACUUGCUCCCGUCGCCACCGUCAUCAUCGUCAGGAUCGAGCGACAAUGUGAGUACAAAGCAGUGUCUAGCGUCUUUCUCAAGCGGUUCUCUUCCCGAUAGAGCGCCGCCAGAUGAAGCACCGCUGCUUCAGCAGACAAUGUGCAAAGAGGUACCCGCCGGUUCGCUGCUGGCGGGGCAGCAACAUCUUAAAGAAGCGGUCCCACGCGCCGCCUUCGAUAACAUGGUUCCUGAUGUGGGCUCUAAUUCAAGCCAUGGCCUCUAUGAAGAUGACUCCGAAGUACUUCUGCAAAUCUCCCAAUUACAAACUAGCAUUGAAGCUUUGCAGUCGCUGAGGUCGUCGCAGAAAGUCGAUGAGGCUCUUAGUUGCCUUCGUGAACAGAUCGAGGAACUCCAGCUGCGAUGGCACCCAAAAGUGCGCGCAGAGGCUUUCGAAGAAAUCUCGGGCAGCUCGCGGUCGCUCGAGACCCAGCUAAUGAUGUCGAAAUACUCCGACGACGUGUAUCUCACUAAGUUCUCUAAGAUUCAGCUCUCAGAGAACGUUUCGCGAUCAAGUGUGUUAAAUCAGCACCCGGUCGUCGACGACACAUUUGGACUUUAUAGUCCUGCACUCUCACUUUCCAUACGAGGAAUUGGGUUUUUAUUCAAGAAGUUCUUUGAUCCUAAUUCCAAGAUGACUCGGGAAUCCAAGGAAACCUUGUAUCUGGUGCUAAGGUUCUUUGAUGCUUGUUUUUUCCACCUAGACUUGUCUGUGAAAUCCUGGUCGAUGCCCAUCGAAACCUACUACUCGUUGUUUCCUAAACCGCUUGGGGUCAGGAUCCAGAACAUUAAUCAGCUGAUAUCUGAGAUCCCAAAAGAUCUCAUCCGUCUCGCACAGGAGCGCUUUCCUUCCUUCCCUAAACCACAUGAUGUUGAGGAAAAACUUCCAAUGUUUCAUUGGAUUGUGCGUUUAUCAUAUGUUUUCUACGACAAAUUCAAGAAAGCCCUGAUACAAAUAUCUUCUCCGACCGAAAUGUGUGCUCCACUUGAUAACUUCUUGCAUGUUGGAGAAAUUUUGUCCGUUCUAGCCUUUGACUAUCUAAAUGUUACCUCUUACACACCUUGCGGUGAUUUGGACUAUCUGGAAUCUCUUCUUUUUCUCAUAAAGCAGCAGUACUGGAUUGCCGAGUUCCACGUUUUUUCACACCUCCUUUCCAUGGCAGUGUGCUACGCCCAAAAUCUGGGUAUUCACCGGUGGGAGUUUUACGUGGGUAUGGACGAGGAACUGGCGGAGAGGCGCAGAAGUUUGUGGUGGAGGUGCUAUGCCUGGGAUAAGCUAUUUGCGGUUCAAACUGGUAAGCAGCCGUUAAUCGAGGAGACUUAUAUGAAUUGUUUGUCGACAAACAGCAUUAGAAAGGCAGGAUUCAUAGAUCGUCAAGACUUUAUUUCGUCUGUUCUGACAUUGAAGGAACCACCUGUCAUGGAGUCAAUUGAACAGGUGAUGGAAUAUGGUUUUGUUGGUUUAGCACAACUAAUCAGUGAGUUUUUCGAGAAAGUUCUUUACAACCGCAAGUAUACCGAUUUCAGGAACCAUGCAAAGCCUAAGAUUUGUAAAGAGUCGCUACUGAGGGAGUUAAUUAAAGAAGUUGACCUGUUUGCUGCAAAGUUUGACGCUGUGAAAAUUCAAAGCAACAGUAUUUUUCUUCUGAGCUCUAAAGUUGACCAAUUGUGCAGUCUCUCUGCAGAAGAGGUUGACCAAGUAACACAGGCAGCAGUUUUCGAGGUUUACUUCGAAUUCUGUACAACUGUCUGUCUAACCUCCGUUGACCACCUUUUUGCUCGUUUUAAAGUUGUUCACUUUUCCAAGAGUGUUGGAGAUGCAAUUGAGAGAUACCAAAAGCGCAUCUAUAAGUCAUGGAAAACUGUGUUGCAUAUUCUAGAUCAACAGCAUUUAUAUCUCAGAUGGCAAAGUAUUGGCCCCGCAUGCAUUGUUUUUUUGACUGUCAUUUCUGACUAUUUCGCUUAUUUCAAGGAAAAUGCAUCUGAUGAUUUGAUAACGAUUCUUAGAGUUGCGAAGAAUUUAGAAUAUUUGGAGCUUUUUGGAGAUGAGAGUAUUUCAAGAAUCAGCAGGAUUCGCAGGCAAUAUUCAAAAUCUCGUACUUUUUUUCAAAUAUUGGUUAGAAUGAGCCUGCAGUUAUACAAACGUAAAACGGGGAUAACAAAUGAGCAGUUGAUUGAGCUUUUGAAGGAAAGGGAUUCUACGUUAAUUGCAUUCACUACUCGCUCACUGAAUGUCGAGUCAGAUAUAUUUGAACAAUGCUUUAAGGCAAAGGAAAUGGGUUCCAUUCAUCAACAAUACCGGCGUUCCUUGGAGCAGGAAGAUGUUCUGGAGCAUAAGAGUGAAAUUCCCCUGGAGUUCAAUGCCGAUAAGAUCAGUGCAUCGCCGGUUGCUCCUGUUCCUUUAUCUGCAAGUGUACCCUUUCAAGAGCCACCAUUAAACAACAUUACUAACGUUGUUGAAAAUGCCUUUGGGAAUGACUCGUCAAUACCAAUGUCUCCGCUUACAAAUUUCAACUUGGGGUCACUAGAUGAUUUCUUGAAUUAUGGUGAGGAUGAUUUGUACAAUAAACUAUGGGGUGACAUACAUACAACCACACUCCCUGAUUUUCUUCAAGAUGUGGUAAAUGAAUGA